CGACGCCAUCAAUCAGUCGAGUCGAGUCGAGUCGAGUUUUCUGUACGUUCGCACCAGAGCCGCAUCCGAGUGAUACCAGAGAUACGGCAGCUGCCGUAGUGAGCAUAUAAAUUUAUUAACGAACACGGCUUAUGGGCAAAUGAUGAAAAGCCGGCAAACGGAGAACAACACCAGCAGCAUCCACAGCAGCAAAUAAUAGCAAAUUGCAAUAAGGAAAAACCCCGGGGAGAGAGCGAGAACGAGACGAGCGAUAGAGGAGAACUUUGUGCGAGUAUAAUAAAUGUUCUGGCUGCCGUUCGUGAUGAAAUUAUUUAUGAAAAAUAAAUGGAAUAUGUUGCUCUUGACGGUGAUGGCGAUGGUGGUGCUACUGCCACCGUUGGGGGCGGCACGAGAGACUUUCGACCCUGACACGGCCACGAAUGCAACAUGCAAACACGCCACCGACAUGUGGGGAGAUCCGAAUCCCAACUUAUUCUACGUAUGCUCCGCGGACGGACAGCAGCCGCUGCAGCUGCAGUGCCCACAGGGACGUGGAUUUUUCAACGGUCUCGGCUAUUUGGGUUGUUUACCCUACGACCGCUGGCCGGCCUGUCAGUUGGCCCCGGAUGCUGCUGCCACACUUGCGACGGCCACGGCGACAGCGACGACGACGACGGCUGGCUGUGACAGCGAUAGCGAGCACUUUAUACAGCCGUGGGCUGCUCCGGAUCCCAAUCAAUUCUACAUGUGCCCCGCUGUGGCGGCCACACCGCUGCUCCUCAGCUGCGCCCCCGGCAAGGGCUUCGUGGCCACCUCGGAUGCUGUGGGCUGUGCGGAUUGGUCCGUGUGGCGACGCCAGAUGCAAUGCGAGGAUUACUAUUGAGCAGCCUCCCCGAAAUAUGUAUGAUAAUAUCCCUGACAGCCGCAGGCAAUAAUCAUCCUUGUCCUGGCAACAGUUGUUGCCACUAUGCACACUCGACUCGAAUCUUAAUUUACUGGGCACAUCUCUUGGUCUCACCUACCAUGCCAUUUACUAGUUUUAUCUAUAAAUAAAGAAAAAGUUUCCAUAUAUAAAGGCGAUAGA